CUUAAUAACGACAAUAACAAUAGUAAUAAUAAUGAUAUGGAUAGUAUGAUACAAUCAUUAAAGGAGGAUAGAGAAAGAUUCGAAAGAGAGAAGGAGAGAUUCGAAGAGGAGCGGAAGAUCAUCUUUGAUUCGUUGGCAAAGUGUGUAGGAUCAGGCAGCUCAAACAUUGGCAAGAAUGUGACAAAGGCACUGAAGAAGGCCGAGAAGUUACAGCGCGAGAAGGAUAAAGGUCGUGAGAAGGAGAGGAAGUUGCAUCAGAGUGGCAGUGGCGUACAACAAUCGAACCAUCAUCAGGUGCCCGAUCACCGAUCGGACGCAGAUGGUCCGGCCGUCGUGGUCGGCACUCCGUUCAACGUCAAGCACAAGGUGCACGUCGACCUGGACUACAAAUGGACGGGCGAGGAGGUGGACAAGGACUUUGUGUUCCAGGAGCUGCUGGGCACGGGCUCCUACGGCACUGUGCAUCGGGCCAUCCAUCGCGACAAUCACAGCGCCAUGAUGGCCGUCAAGGUCAUCCCCCUGCAGGACUCGUCUGAGAUUGCCAAGGAGAUCGCCAUUCUCAAGAAGUGCAAAAACAACAACAUUGUCAGCUACUAUGGCUGCUGCAACUCUGGUGACAACCUCUGGAUCUUGAUGGACUACUGCAGCCUGGGUUCGAUACGCGAUAUGCUGGAGCUCACCGAGAGAACCCUGAGCGAGAAGCAGAUCGCAGUCAUAGUGUGUCAAGCUUUGAAAGGUCUACACUACCUACACUCAAACAACAUCAUUCAUCGAGAUAUCAAGGCUGCCAACAUCCUACUCAACGAGGACUCUGUCGUCAAGCUUGCCGACUUUGGUGUGAGUGCACAACUCGAAGACGAGUUGCUCAAGUCCACAGAAUUCAUUGGAACACCAUUGUGGAUGCCUCCAGAGAUCAUUCAGAAGAAGCCAUAUGACAACAAGUGCGAUAUAUGGAGCUUGGGAAUCACAUUGAUUGAGAUGGCUGAGGGCGAGCCACCUUAUUGUAAUAUGCCUCCAACACGUGCCAUGCUCAUGAUACCAAACAAGAACCCUCCAACACUCUCAAAGCAACAUCACUUUAGCAAGGAGCUGAAUGACUUUAUCGCACUGUGUUGCCAGAAGGACCCAGAGAAGCGUCCACCAGCAAUUGAAUUGCUUGCUCACCCAUUCAUUCAGAGCUCUGCAGGACAGCAAGACGCUUUGAAGCCACUCAUUGAGGAGUGUUUGAAGAAGCGUGCUUCGGUGUUGAAGAAGCGCAAGGCAACAGCGGACAAGAAUGAGAAUUUGUUGAGGAAGUCGCGAGACUCAAAGAGCGAGACAUCGGGAAGUGGUGGAGACAUGGGCACCAUCAUUAUCAAAGAGGACGAUGAGCUGCGGUCGUCAAGUGGCAGUGGCUUUGGUUCUACCAUCAUCGUGCACGACUCCUCAGACGAUGAUGAGUACAAUGCAGGCGGCACCAUGUUGGUCCGUAGCCACGACUCCUCCACCUCCACAAUCAUACCAGACUUCAUCGCGGCACUCACUCGAUCAAUGACCUCGACGAAAGAACAACAACAACCUCAGGCCACAACCACCUCCACAGCCACCAACAAAAUCAAGACAAACGGUGUUGGUAGUGGUGUCAAUCACAAUGAUGUCGAUGAGCUCAAGAGCACCAUUCAUUCUUUGGAGGACACUGUGACCCAGCUCAAGAGGGACAUAUCAGGGAUGCAAGAGACAUUGUUGGAGAGGAUAUCAAGCGAGAUGGCAUUGAUGCGCAAAGAACUGUUGACACAGAUUGGCAACAUCAUGACAGAGAGGUCGAUCAAUGACCUGCCAACUCCACCAACCACAUCAAUGACACCAAAGACAUCGACACCAUCAUCAUCAAGCAAGGUGGCAUCAACAUUUGGUAUCAAUCUAAAGAAGACUCCACAUUCGUCAGGUCUUGGUGUUGGAUCAUCAUCAUCACCAUCAACUGGAUCGUCGUCCUCAAAGCCCAUGAUCACACCAAGGAGCAGUAAUGUUGGAGUUGGAAGCAGUAACAACAACAGGCUAUCACAACAACUCAAUAGACCACAAACACCAUCAAGCAACAGACCACAAACACCAUCAUCAAACAAGAACACAAAUAGACUAUCAACCCAGAUAUCAUCGGCCAACAAGGUCAGACCAACAUCUCCACAACCAACAACUUCCACAACAACAACAUCAACACCAUCAGCACAGAAUGACCCAACAUCAACAUCAUCAACGACGACUACAACCACGACAACAACAUCAGUUGACCCACCAAGAUCAUAUCCAAGGCCUCCAAGUCGGCCUACACCACCUCCACCUAAGCUCCUGUCAACGACAAAGAAUGUACCAUCACCUGUUAAUAGGAGGCCGUUGUCACCUCGUCCACCAUUGCCACAUCCACCCAACAGGAACCUUCCUCCAACACCCACGACAUCACCAAUGACACCAUCCAACCGAGUAGCACCAUCAUCAGGUUCACCAUCAUCACCCUACAUUCCUCCUCAGCCAAAGUCCACCACACAGCCCAACCGAAGAUCAGUCACAGUGACACGAACACCUGGUUCAAUGCAACCGCCAGCCAUCAACCCAACUACUCCAACAUCCUCUUCAUCCUCAUCAUCAUCAUCGUCCACACCAUCAACAAAGACCAACAUUACUCGCAGUCCAUCCAGUCGCUCACUAUCAAGCACAUCAUCAUCACCAGCGAUCGACAAGCAAUCAACAUCAACACCAUCCAGUCUACGACUCAAGACCAAGCAGAUCAAAGAGACUGCCAUGUCCUUGUUCUCAUCCUCCUCAAGCAAGAGC